AUGGCGACAAGUUUCUGCUCCUCCAUCUCCAUGCAAGCUCCUUUCUCGGCUACAACAACAAGGUUCUGUCUCAACAAACAGGCUACGAUUUUCAACAAUGAAAAGACUAAUAAUCUCUCCUUCAGCCUACGACGUUUGAUGCCUGCUCGUCUCGCAGUUUCUUGUGCAGUCAAGCAAGAGACAGUAGAGAAAGUGUCUGAGAUUGUCAAGAAGCAAUUGUCGCUCACCGAUGAUCAAAAAGUCACUGCCGGAACUAAAUUUACCGAGCUUGGAGCUGAUUCUCUCGACACGGUUGAGAUAGUGAUGGGUUUGGAGGAAGAGUUCGGGAUAACAAUGGCGGAAGAGAGAGCAAAGGAGAUUGCAACAGUCCAACAGGCUGCUGAACUCAUUGAAGAACUCGUCCAAGAGAAGACUGCUUAGUUAAGGAAACAACCAAAGGCUUUUGUCUUUUGUUAUUGCCGUUUGCUCAAUUGUGUCAUGCUUUGUUGUAUGUCUUAAUUUGCCCUAGUGGUUUAUUAUGUCAAUCUUUAGACUACUACAAAACUUUCUUUUAGAUUAUCAGCUUAAGGAACAAAGAGAUUCACAAGACAUUUUGGAUUUAUAAAAGAGAAAGAAACAUGAGGAAAAAGUACAGACAUACAAAA